AUGAGUUACAACAAUCCAAUCAUCCCGGGGUUCAAUCCCGACCCAUCCAUUAUACGUGUCGACGAAGACUUUUUCUUAGUCACUUCCACGUUUGAAUACUUUCCUGGCAUUCCCAUAUAUCAUAGCCGUGAUUUGAUUCAAUGGAAUCUGAUCGGCCAUGCGUUGACGCGACCCAGUCAGCUGCAGAUUCAUACCCCAGAACCAGGAGGAGGUGUCUGGGCAGCCACGAUUCGCAACCAUGCUGGAACUUUCUAUAUCAUGGCAGCGAGCUUUCAGCGUUACCGGCCACAACAGGACGAUCGAGUCUGGCCGCAUGGAUUUUAUGUGAAAACUACCAAUAUAUGGGAUCAAACCACAUGGUCUGCCCCGAUUUUCUUUGACCAAAUUGGGUUUGAUCAAGAUGAUGAAACCGUUUAUCUGUCAUCCACAUACAGAAAGAUCAAGCCUACUAUAGGCGCUCAACUGAAAGACUUUGCAGUUCAUAUAUGUACUGUGGAUCUGACCACCGGACAUUCGACUUCCGAGCCUAAGUUGAUUCGCGAAUCCCCUUCUGGUGUCGCCGAGGGCUCACGCAUCAUAAAGCGAGGCCGUUAUUGGUAUUUGUUUACUGCAGAAGGAGGGACGGAAAGUGGCCAUAGCGAAUGGGUGAAUCGCAGUGAUGUUGGUCCCUUAGGACCGUGGGAGCUAGGGCCAAAUAAUCCUCUUUGGCGCAAUGGCGCCGAAGACGAAGUGCAAAACACUGGGCAUGCGGACUUCGUCGAAGACGGCAAAGGUAACUGGUGGGCAGUUAUGCUUGGAGUCCGUCCAACUCGACGCGGCGAAAAGUGGGAGGAUUCAGUGCUAGGCCGCGAGACGUUUUUACUGCCGUUGAAAUGGAAAGAUAAUUGGCCCGUGAUAAAUCGUGGACAGAAAAUCUGCCUCCAAUCGGAAGGGCCUGGUCUUUAUCGGUUUCAACCUAAGAUCGCCUGGAGAGACGAGUUCGCAGAUACCGAAAUGCAGCUCGGAUGGUAUCGAAAAAAUACUCCCUUCGUCAACGACUACUCGCUCACUGAGCGCCCUAAUCACCUUCGCCUUUAUGGUGGACCCUAUAACUUGUCAGUGCCAGCCUGCCCAACCAUGUUUCUUCGCAAACAAACCCACCGUAUCUGCCGGUGGGAAACAAGGGUCUCCUUUCAACCUACGACAGACCUAACUGAAGCUGGCACUGUAAUGUGGACAAAUUAUUUCACAUACAGCACUAUCGGUAUCCGCAAGGACAACAAGGGCCGUUUUAUCCUUUUUCGGCCCUCUGAAGGGAAUCCUGUGGAACAUAGACUGGGAACCAAAGCUGAUGUUAUUCUUAUAAUUAACUGUGGCGCUGAAUACCGAUUUGGCUACCGUGAAGACACAGAAUGUGAUAUUCAAUGGGUUGGAUCUGUCUCAAAUAGUGCGGCUACGGUAGCACCUCCAGUCGGGGCUAACUUUACUGGAAUCAUGAUGGGUUUAUAUGCAUUCGGAGAGCGCCAGCGAUGCCUGAUCCCCGCUGAUUUUGCAUAUGCAGAAUUCAAGCAAGUUUGA